CAGAGGGAAACUGGGUCGAGUUUCUCUCUCCCAGGGGACUCGGCCUCUGCUGCUAGGAGGAGAGAAGGGAGGGGCCGAGGCCGGGGCCGGGCUGCACAGUCCCCGGACUUGAGUGCCCGGGAGAGGAGCUAGUGAGUGGAGAAAGCCGAGGAGAGCAGGCGGCUCAGCAGGCACUUAGAACUUCUGGAAAAAAUGCCACUUCACAUGUCUCCUCCCAAAGUACUGCUGUAGCUGUGAUCAGCGGAGAUGUUGGAGCUUAUAAGAAAGGGGCUGCUGGUGGGUCUUUCUCAACUUUGGACCCCUCAUCUCUGGGACUCACUCCCUGACUCCUGUCUAAAAUAGUCCAAAUCCCUUGACGUUCAGGGCACUCUGAAAUGCCUGUCUAUGAUCCCAACUUUUGGAGCAGUGAAGUGCACAUAUAAUGACUACUGCAGUGAGGCUCACAGAACAUGUAACAAGAGAGGACCAAGGGAUGGAAGGAAACUCUGUCCUUUAUGGAUCUUCUUGUGCCCAAAUCACUGAAGAAACAGAAUACAUAAAAAAGAUCAGAUCCACACUAGCAAAGAUUCAAAAUCAGCAACCUUUCCGAGUGCCCAGAAAUGAGUUGGAGGGUGAGAAGGACACGCUUAACUCCAGCUACAAUCUAACCCUGGAAAAGCUGAAAGAGACUGACCAGCAGCUCUUGCUUGUGAAUAGGGAGAAUGAAAUACUAAAGAUCAAGCUGGAUGCGACAAGAGAAGCAGGUGCACAGUCUCUAAGACAUGCCUCGAAAAGUCUAUAUGAGAAUUACUGCAGUCGGUCUGAAGAACUUAAGAAAAAGCAUGAAGAUGAUAAACAGCUGAUGCAGGCCUGCAAACUUGAGCAAGAGCAAAAAUUGAAACAAAAUCUAGAAAACGUCAAUUGUGUAACUGAAAGACUCGAAGAAAAGUACAGCCGGAUUGCCGACAUGGAGAAACGAGUGCAACGAAUGGAAGAGGAAAAGAAAGCAUUAAUAGAAAAAAAGCAGUCAUUUGAAGAGAAGCUUCUAUCAAACUCUGAAGAUACUAAGAGCUGUCUUGAUCUUCAAGUGGAGAUUUUCACGGUACAAGAACAGAUUUCUCACUUGCAGCAUGUGAUCCAGACCCAGCAUCAAAGCCUACGCAGUGUGAUACAAGAGAUUGAAGAACUGAACAACGGACUACAAAACCAAGAUAAAAAAAUUAAGGCUAUGAAAGAAAAGAUAAAUAUGCUUGAAGCUCAGAAUAAAGAACUUAAAUACAAGGUGGAAUUCUGGUCUGGUCAACCCAAGAUUAAAGUUUCAAAAGGUGUCUCAACAAUUUCAUCCAGGAUUGAUGGGGUGUCCCCCUACUCAUUGCUAGCUAGGCUGCGGAAGCAAAAUGGCUAGAUGAGGCCAUCAGUGGUGUCUGUUUCCAGCUUCCUCAUAAGAACCUCUGUCUCUCUCUGCUAAUGACCCUCCAUUCAGUCCUUUUACAUAUCUACAUAACACAGCAUGCUUGGCCACCAGGAAUGGCACUUGGACAGAAGAGGCGUCAUUAAAUGAAUAAACAAAUUUGGAUUUAAGGCAAGAACUGAAGAGACAUUGUGUUCUUUAAUGGAUAGUCAAAUGACAGCAGCAUCCUGUGAACAUUGCUGAUGGUGAAAUAGAUACCAUUGUAACAGCUUCUUACAUAUCGAAGAGUCCAUCUUCAACAAGCAUUUUAUGGGCCAGGAGGUACAUCAAACAGUAGUUAAAAGCAUAUUCAGGAUUAACAAACCAAAAUUUGCAUAAUUAUAUCCAAAAAGGAUCGGUGUUUAUCAAAUUUUAACACAAUACUGUAAUGUAACUCGAACUUUUUAAAAUUGAGAUGUUAAUUGUAAAAGGCUAUUUAAUAAAUUAUAUUUAAUCUUU